AUGGUUGCUCGCGCCAUUUAUAACCUCACCAUCGAAGAUCUCGAUGAUUCCUGCGACGACGACACGCCCAUUAUCCGCGCAGCAGCUAAGCCCAACCCCGCGAUAUUAGAAGCCCUCCUCGCUCACCAUGCAAAGGCCAGCGCAAAAGAAAAUCUUUCUUACAGGGAACGCACCCAGCUAGAACGCCUGGGCCCUAGUGCUACUGUGUGUGGAACCGCGUGCAAUAUCUUUGUGUCGCCUAUCAAAUCUGCCAUCCGCGCCCACCUGCCGCACAAUCUUCGUCUCCUUUUGGCUGCAGGGGCAUCCCCGGAUGGUAUAGAUCGAAUCUCUAUAUCGGAUUAUUCUGUGCGAUGGAUCCGUGGCCGCAAUUUUAAAGAUGAUGUGUCGAGUUUCGUUAUGUGUAAGCCUCGUGCUAUUGUUCUCGCGAAUGCAGAACGCAAAGGUAUCGUUCAUCAAUUGUGUCCGUUGACAUCGGAGGAACUUGAUGAGCGGUGUCAUGGCUUUCCUCGAUUCUGGACUGAGCCGAAUGUACCCGGUCAGAGACUGCGGAUGGAGAGGGCCUUGACAGCGCUGGAAGUUGCUGCCCAGGUGGGUGAUGUGGAGAGCCUUGAUAUUCUACGUGCAGCUGGAGCGGACGAGUCUGCAUGGGUGCGGGAGGUGUCAUUGGACGAGAAGCAGUUUCAAAUCGAUGAGGCAGAGUGGUAUCUUUCUUAUCUCUCGACUUCUUCGCCUGUACAUGAGGCUAUUGCGGCAGGCCAGCAGUCGAUGCUUCGUCACUUGUUGUCUACCAGUGGCUAUUCACCCAAUUACCGUCCAUACGCUGCUCCGACCGUCGCACUCCCGCCACUGUCUUACGCCAUCGCUCGUUGCAAUCUAAGUGACCCUGGUGUACAGAAAUGUCUAGUGGAUCUCCUGUCUCACCCUAAACUGGAGGUAAAUCUGCGCACACCCAUUUUCAACAUCCACCCUCUUCACUUUGCAACUGCGCAUCAUGACCCAGACCUGCUCUCGUGGCUGGAAACUUUCAUUCCAGGUGGGUACGAAGCUGCAGGGGUCACAGGUCUGGGACACACGCUACUUCAUAUAGCCGCUCUGCCUUUUACAGCCACCCAAAUAGUGGAUCGUAAUCCAGAUGUUGCGAAGAGUAUACACAGCGCCCGCACCUUGGAUUCUACAUGGAUACCCCAUCGCCUACCGAGUCCACUACACAGGGAAUUCUCCACUGCAGAGUUGAUAGGCUUGGGGUGUAAGGUAUCUCCAAUGACAGAGGCUCAACAGUUAGCGCAACAGGGUACAAUCCGGGUUCUACUGGAAUGGGGUGGAGUGGAUGUCAGGGCAAAGGAUGUAGAGGGUAACACCGCUUUACAUUAUUUGGCUGGGACUUUGAACAUGAGCGAGGAUACAAUUGAAAUGGUGAGGCAGAUGGAAGGAGGUGAGGAAGUCUGGGAGAUGUCAGAGAACUGCUACGGAGUCACUCCGAAGAAGAUGUGGGGUGAAUAA